AUGUUGUUCCCCAUUUUCCUCGUGUUGGUGGCUACCAAUGUGGCUCUUGGUUAUGAUGACAGGAUAGUUGGAGGGGAGGAGUGCAGGCCUCACUCCGUCCCCUGGCAGGUGUCGCUCAACAACGGCUGGCACUACUGUGGAGGAACACUGAUCAGCGACCGCUGGGUUGUCAGCGCUGCACACUGCCUGAAAAAUGAAGACAUCGAGGUGCGUUUGGGUGAGCACCACAUCAGAUACAAGGACGGCCCUGAGCAGUUCAUUGCUCCGGCUGCUAUCAUCCCCCAUCCAGACUAUGACCGUUACACCAUCAACAAUGACAUCAUGCUGAUCAAACUUGCCGAGCCAGCAAAGUUUGAUGAGUACGUCCAGCCCAUCGCCCUGCCCAGCAGCUGUGCCUCGGCUGGCACACAGUGCCUGGUGUCUGGCUGGGGAGCCACCAAGAGCCCCUUCGGCUGUCUGAAGUGUCUGCACUGCCUGGAUCUGCCCGUCCUGUCCCAGGAGGACUGUGAGCGCUCCUACCCCAACAGGAUCACCUCCUCCAUGUUCUGCGCCGGCUUCCUGGAGGGAGGAAAGGACUCCUGCCAGGGAGAUUCUGGUGGCCCUCUGGUGUGUAACGGGGAGCUGCAGGGUGUGGUGUCUUGGGGAUGGGGCUGUGCUGAGGAAAACCGCCCUGGUGUCUAUGCCAAGGUGUGCAAGUUCACCGACUGGAUCCGCUCCACCAUGGCCUCCCACUGAGCUCCAGGCUUUCUAAAACACACACUGCGUCUCC